AUGACGGACCCUCGGGGGAGAGACAGUGCUGGCGCCGUCCUCGGGGGUGCAGGCGGCAGUGGCCACAAUGUGGUCAUGGAGGACACUCAGGCUGUUAACUGGGAGGCUGAAGAAGAGGAGGAGACAGAGAGACCCAGUGACUCCUUGAGGUCUAGCUUGGAGCCCCUAGGGCGACUGCAUAUCUUCAGUAGUGCCCACGGACCAGAAAAAGACUUCCCACUCUACCUCGGGAAAAAUGUGGUAGGCCGAAUGCCUGACUGCUCUGUGGCCCUACCCUUUCCAUCCAUCUCCAAGCAACACGCAGUGAUUGAAAUCUUGGCCUGGGACAAGGCACCUGUCCUCUGGGAUUGUGGGAGUCUCAAUGGUACGCAAAUCCUGAGGCCUCCUAAGUUCCUGAGCCCUGGGGUGAGUCAUCGUCUGAGGGACCAGGAGUUGGUUGUCUUUGCUGACUUGCCCUGCCAGUACCAUCGUCUGGAUGUCUCUCUGCCCUUUUUCUCCCGGGGCCCCCUAACUGUAGAGGAGACACCCAGGGUACAGAGAGGAACUCAACCCUGGGGGAUCCUAUUGGCUGAGGACUCAGAAGAGGAAGUAGAUCCUCUUUCUGAAAGGUGUGUGGUGAAUGAACCAAGGACCAUGUCCUCCCUUUUGGCAACAGUCGUUCCAGAGAGUGAUGAAGAGGGACCUUCUGUCCCAGAUGGCCCUGGACCACCUUAUGCCAUCAACUUUGACAGCGACACAGAUGAGGAAGAAAGGCAGCAACCAGCAACAGGGUGGGCCUCCUCAGCUGCCACAAGAGAUGCUACUGCAGAGACAGAACAGCCUAAGGCCGUCAGAACAGAAAUCCAGGUUGAAAAGGAUCAGUCUUUGGGACAGGAGAGCAAUAGUAACAUCAGAGUCAAGAGAGAUGCAAGCAAUGGGGUGAUUCUGGAGAGGGGCCAGCCUAUUGGGGAGGACAGUGAGACAGAUGUGGAUGAUGAGAUCAUGCCUCCAGGAAAGCCAGCUGAGGGUCAUCUGGAAAGGUCCCAGCCUUCUGGCUUCAUAGACAGUGAUACUGACGUGGAAGAAGAGGGGAUUCCCACAACCCCAGCUGUGGUGCCCCUGAAAAGAAGGCAGAUCUUCCACGGAGUUAAGGCAGAGAGUUCUGGGGGGCCUGACCUGGCACAUCUUCACGAAAGUCCGGCUGGCAAUGAGACAGAUGUGGAGGAGGCUGAGGCCCCACUCACGGUCCCUCGGGAGCGAAGCCAAGCCUCCAUGGUGAGCCACAGCAACGUAGAUGACGAGGAAGGAGUGUCAGCAGCACUCACUUUGGCAUCUCUGGUGGAGAGCCGAGCCACUGGCUGGAACAGAGAUAAAAAUGUGGAAGAGGACAGAGCCCAACCUCUGGCUUUUCUUGAGCAGAGCCAAACCUCUGCUGGCAGAGACAGUGGCACAGACAUAGAGGUGGAGGGGUUCCCAGUGGAAAAGAGAGAAUAUGUCCCCAAGAGUCACACAGACAAAGUUCAGACAGAAAAGAGCCAAUCUUCUUUUGGGGACAGUGACAGAGAAGUGGAAGAAGAUAAGAGUUCACCUGGAGUCCUGGGGAGAAGUCAGGCCUCUGCCACAGUAGGCAUCAACACACAAGUGGAAGAGGAAGUGUCCCCGGGGCCAGCUGUCACACUGCCAGAGAAGCAUGAGGUGCCUCUGGCAUGCACAAAUCCAACAAACGUGGAAGCAGAAGGGGGCCCAGCAAAACUGCCUGCCGUGCGCCUAGAGGAAGCCCCGCCUCCUCCAGGUACUGCAGGGGAACCUACCCAGGCACAGAGAAAGGAAGCCCCGACCCCCAGAGAAAGUGGGGGAGAACCACAUGUGGACAUGACCAAGAACUCUGGACACAGCCAUGAUGAUUCUGAAGAUCUAGACCAACAAGCGACCCAGUGCUUUGUGGAGAGGGAGAGUCAGAGCCUGGAAGUCCCGAGCAUGGAGGAUGAGCCCACCCAGGCCUUCCUGUGUACUCCACCCCAAGAGCCUAGCCCUUCCCAUUGCAGCUUCCAGGCCUCAGGUGCCCUGGAUGAGCCUUGGGAAGUCUUGGCUACACAGCCAUUCUGUCUAAGAGAAUCUGAGGCCUCUGAGAUCCAGCCCAUCACUUCCCAUCUUGAGACCCAUGGAUCUUGCCCCUUUUCACCCAGGCCAACACCUCAAGACCAGCAUCUGGAAAGUCCAGUUCGCGCAGAGCCAUUGGGGAUCCGAGGCGGAGGGAUGCAGACUGCGGAGAAAGGCAUGGAUACACCAAGAGAAGCAGCAGGGAGGGUGACCCCGGAGAGAGGACCAUCAGAGAGGGAAAGUAAACUGCCACCAGAAGGAUGA